AUAAAACAAAAUGAACACACUCUUGUAUAGAGAGCAAGGUCUAACAAUUGAUUCGUUCAACAAAAAAAUCAAAUGAAAGCGUAGAUUAUAUUGGAAAAACGAUGAAAAGAAAGCUUGUGGUGCUUCUCUCUUUUCUGGUCAUUAUUUUCUUGGUUGAAGCUAAGAUUGUUAAAGCAGAGACUACGAAAAGAAGCAAACAUUUCGUGCUAGUCCAUGGGUCUUGCCAUGGAGGUUGGUCAUGGUACAAACUGGUGAGCCUUAUCAAAUCAUCGGGCCACAGAGUGACGGCGCUGGACUUGGCCAGUUCGGGAGUGGAUCCGUUGCGGGCAAGCGAGGUGGGAUCCAUGUAUGACUACUUGAGGCCAUUGAUGGAUUUCAUGGAAGGUGUUGGUGGGAGUAGUAAAAGAGAGAGCAUUAUUAUGGUGGGUCAUAGCCUGGGAGGACUGGCCAUCUCCAAAGCUAUGGAGGAAUUCCCGUUGAUGAUCGAUGUGGCUAUUUUUGUCACCGCCUUGAUGCCUGGUCCCUCUCUCAAUGUUUCCACUCUCUACCACCAGUCAUUGAAAAGUUCAGAUGCUCAAAUGGACAAUCACUACACAUACGACAAUGGGCCAAACAACCCUCCAACAACUUUCAUUUUCGGGAAAUCGUUUCUAGCAUCAAAAGUAUACCAAAGAAGCCCGUAUGAGGAUUUGGAACUUGCAAUCAUGUUAAUGAGACCAUUACCAUUGUUUAGCGACGAGGACAUGUCCAAAGAGUUAACCUUGAGCGAAGACAGAUAUGGGUCAGUUGAUCGAGUCUAUAUCAUAUCAGAGAAAGAUAAAGUGAUGAAUAAAGAUGUGGAAGCAUGGAUGCUUAUUAACAAUCAACCUAACCAUGUUAUCACAAUCAAUGGCUCAGAUCACAUGGUCAUGAUGUCGAAGCCAAUAAGUCUUUGGAAUCACCUUCAAAACAUUACAAACAAGUACAACUGAUUAGAAAACUCAACAACUAUUGUGAGCUUCAGUUGGUUUUUUUUUUCUUUUAGGAAAAAAUAAUAAAAUUAAGAAUGUUAUCAUCUCCAUUGCAAUAAUAACGAAAAACUGGAAAUCUUUUAUAUGACAGACUUUAUAACCAGAGCUGUCUCUCAAGGUGUUAAACCUAUGACCAAAUUUGAAAUGAAGUUUUUUUCAUUUACAAAAAUUUAAAAUAAAUAUUAUUGGAAAAUUCUAUAAUGCACACCCUUAAAACUUAAAAGUGACCCUUAAAAUCACUCUUUAUUAUUUAAAUUUUGAGACCAUAUCAAUUUUAACUUUUUUAUUUUCAUAUAACAAA